AUGGGCCGUCUGCUGGCCCCGACCUUCGCCUACCUGGCCUACCUUUUGGCCAAUGCAAUUGCUUCACAGCGUCAGCAGCACCGUGUGCAGCACGGUCCCUGCAGCUACACUUUCAUUCUCCCAGAGGUGGAUCACUGCCAACCCUUGAAGGACUUCCAGGUGACGAACACCCUUCAGAGUGACUCCCCACCAGAGGUAAAGCCUGGUGAAAGCCAGUCCAAGCAAAGUCGGGCCCAAGAGGAUCGACCUUCAUGGCAGCAGAAGAAGCUGGAGACUCUUGAAAGUGCCAUGGAGAAUAACACUCAGUGGCUGCAGAAGCUUGAAAACUUCAUACAGGAGAAUGUUCGCUCUGGUGUGGAAGAAAUUAAGAGAUCUACCGUGCACACCCAGACAGCUGCCAUGCUGGAGAUGGGAACCAACCUCCUUAGUCAAUCAGCAGAGCAGACUCGCAAACUGACAGAUGUUGAGACCCAGGUGUUAAACCAGACAAGUCGCCUAGAGAUCCAGCUGCUUGAGUACUCACUCUUUACCAACCGUCUGGAGAAACAUAUUCUCCUCCAGACUCAGGAGAUCUCACGCCUCAGCGAUAAAAACAGUUUUUUGGAACAAAGGCUUUUGGCGCUGGAGGCUCGGUAUGGAAAAGAGCUUCUGGGUUUGCAGAAUGAAAAGCAGCAGCUUCAAGAUCUUGUGGAGAGGCAGAGUCAACUUGUCAGUCAGCUUCAGGGCGAACUUGGAAGCUCAACACUCAACAGCACUACACUGCAGAGACAGCAGGCUGUGCUCACAGACACCGUGCAGCAGCUGCUCACUAAAGUCAGUCAGUGCAACGAAAUUCCAAACGACCCCAAGGAGUCACUUACUUUCAGGGACUGUGCAGAGAUCCUGCGAUCUGGAGUGAACAAAAGCGGAGUAUAUACUCUACGCCUGUACAACACGACUCAGGAUGUCCAGGUGUUUUGUGAUAUGAAGACCAGAGGCGGGGGGUGGACCGUGUUGCAGCAUCGAAGGAACGGCUCUGUCGAUUUCCAUCGUGGAUGGAAUGACUACAAAAUGGGCUUUGGAGAGCCGUCGGGGGAACACUGGCUGGGGAAUGAUAUCAUUCACAGGCUGACCAGCUCCCAGGAAUACAGCCUGCACAUCCACCUCAAAGACCAAGAGAGGAAUGAAGCCUUCUCACUUUACAAUCGCUUCUACAUAGACAGUGAGGACAAGAACUACAGGUAA